AUGCGGGAUGUGAAGGUUCUGAGUGUUGAGCAGAUGUUAAAAGAUCCCUCGCCGGAGGAAUGGCGGCGGUGGCCGCGCCCGCGGCCGAGGCGCAGGCGCAGGCGGAGGAGCCCUCUCCUCCCCGCCCGCCGCCCUCGAGAAGUGCGCCGCGCGACGGACGCCGAGGAGGGGGAGGAGCGGCCGGAGGCGAAGCGGCGGCGCGCGCGCGUGGCCGCGCUCGAGAAGGUCCCCAGCGCGGCGGCGGCGGCGGCUGCGGCCGCCGCGGCGGCGAGCGAGGAGGAGGAGGACGACGGGUUCUCGUUCCUCGCGCGGAGCUUCUCCGGGGUGGAGACGACGCCCAAGUUCGGGUCCUUCAACCCCGCCGCCGCCAAGUUCGUGGCCUUCCACAUGGCGUCCCCGCCGCCCCUGGUCGACCCGGCGGAGGAGUCCCCGCCGGUGGCGGUGGGUGGGGACGGGGAGGAGAAGGGCAAGGACGGCAAUUCACACUAGCGCGGGCA